AUGAAGGAGAUGAUUGAGGAUGAAGGGGGACAGUAUCCAGGCGGAAGUCUACUGGAGGUCACCAAGGAUCGAGCAAGGGAGCUAUCGGAGGUGCGACCAACGCUCGUGGUCAGUCCUGAGGCCCAGGUCUACGCGGAUCACCUGUACGAGCAUGUGAGAGCGGCGUUCAGGAGUGAGAAAGGAGAUGCCGCACUUGGCGUGGACACAGAAGCCAGUCAUCGUUGCGCGGAAGUUACUGCGAUGCCUUUCAUGACACAGAAGUCACUGUCCGAUGCUGGAUGGCCUCUGACUGAUCAUGCUUCACGCCGUGAUAUGGUGGGUGCCUUCGCCAUGGCACGCAACACGAAGUCGCGGACUUGUUGA